AAUAAAGACUGAAUGAACUCACUAAAAUAAUUUGUCGAAUCUGCCGUGGUCGUUCACAAACAGCAGAGCAAGAUGGCGGUCCCUACAAAACAGUACGGGCUGAUCUUGCCACAGAGGAAAGGAGCGUCAAAGACAGCAACCCUGCCGAAACCCUCAGUGUUCGGGGAUGACUCUGAUGAUGAGACUUCAGUUGGGGAGAGUCUGCAGAGAGAAGCUGUCAAGAAGAAGAUGAUGAAACAGACACGUUUGGAGAUGCAAAAGGCCCUGGAACAAGACAGCACUGUAUAUGACUACGACUCUGUGUACGAUGACAUUCAAAAACAAAGACUUGAGAGCAACAAGAAAGUUCUUGGAGGGGCAGACAAAAGGCCAAAGUAUAUCCAUCAAUUAAUGAGAGCAGUCGAGGACCGAAAGAAGGAACAAGAACGGCGGGAAGAGAGGAAGAUCCAGAAGGAAAGGGAGGCAGAGGGAGAGCAGUUUGCUGAUAAAGAGGCUUACGUUACCUCCGCUUACAAGCAAAAACUGCUGGAGCAGAAGGAGGAGCAGGAGAGGGAGAAGAGAGAGGCAGAGAUGGAAGCUGCUUUGGAUGUGAAGAAACAAAAAGAUCUGAGUGGCUUCUACCGACACCUGCUGAAUCAGACUGUAGGAGAGGAGGCGAUACCAGAUCGCUCAGCAAACAGAACUCAAACCUCAAAGGUUUCAAAAGACACAGAGACAACCUCACCUGUUCCCUCACCUACAUCCCAUGACAAUAUCCCGAGUUCCUGUAGUGACAGUGAGGAGGGGCAUGAGCAGAAGUCUGGAUUUAGCAAACCCGGGGCUGGCUCUACACACUCAAAACGCCAGUACAGACAGAGGUCGCCUUCAUCAGGGAGCGACGAAGAUAGGGAGAAGGAGAGAGAGAGGGAGAGGGACAGACAAAAGAAGAGCCACAGAGAGCAAGACAGAGACAGAGUUAGAGGGAGGGACAGAGAUAGAAACAGGGGAAGGGAAAGGGAUGACAGGCAUGGAGGAAGAAGAGACGACAGAGAUAGAAGGAAAGACAGGGAGAGGGACAGAGACAGAGGCAGAGAAGAUGACAGAGGCAGAGACAGAGACAGAGAAGAUGACAGAGGCAGAGACAGAGGCAGAGAAGAUGACAGAGGCAGAGGCAGAGGGAAUACAGAGAGGGAAGACAGGCACGGGAAGAGGGAGAGGAGCCCUAAAGACAGAGAGCGGGAUAAGAAUGGGGAAAGAGAAAGGAGGAGGAACCCAGAAGAAGACAAGCGGAAAGAUAAAGAUCGAGUUGAAGACGAGGAGAGAAGGAUGGACCCAGAGAAGGAACUGAAGAGGGACGACAAAGAUCCAGAAAAGAAGGAAGCAGUCGGAGAACAGAGAAAGGAAAAGGAAGGCGAGGAGAAAGAAGAAACGGAGGACAAGGCGAACAAGUUUGCUAAGCGCUGCACUGAUCAGACUGUGAGUUCGGCGAGAGAAAGGUACCUGGCCAGACAGAUGGCACGCUCAACCUGUAAGACCUAUAUCGAGAGGGAGGAGGACUGAGAGCUGUCCAGCUCAUGAUGCAAACAUCCCUGAAACUCAUCCGUAUCUGCAUGGUGUAUUAGAAGAUGAGGCUGACAUUAUUCUAUAUGUCUUGUUGUUAGCAAAUCCCACGAACAAAAACGUUAGAGUUAGAUUAACAAGUUAGUUAAUCUCUCAAUACUUUUUGACUUCUCUACUCUGUGUGUGUUUGUUUUUACUCAAAAUGUGUCUUUAAAAACAGAUCACAAAUAUAUAUUUACAUGUAGCUGGACACUGUAGUUUCUAACAAAUGUUCUUCAAACAGGACUAAAGUGUGCGCUUGUUGGGGAUUUUUUUUUCAGCUGCAGAUGAAUACACUUUUAGUUCACUAUUGAGUAUUUAUGGUGAAGCAAACUAGUGCCCAUGUUCAGCAUAAGGACAGUGAUGCUCAAUUAGAGCUGCAACAAUUAGUUGAUUAUUUGAUAAAUUGAUAGAAAA